AUGGCGAGAAAAAACAAUAACCGUAAUUUCAAAAACAAUAACCGUAAUUUCAGAAACAAUAAUCAGAAUUUCAGAAACAACAAUAAUAAAGUUGGAUUUAAUAAUCGAGCUGGUUUUAAUAACGGAGCUGGUUUUAAUAAUAAUAAUAAUGAAGCUGGUUUUAAUAACGGAGCCGGAUUAAGAAACGAUAAUAACGUUGUAUGCUUCAUUAAUUCGAUCCUUCAAGUCCUCGUACAUCUUCCCAAUGCAGAAAGGCAUUUAGAAUCUACCGGCAACCAUCAAUGUUAUUGUAGUCCUGUAUGUAUUUUCAAUGAAUUAAAACGGUUGCGUAUUAAACUUAUGGAAUCACGGCAACCAGUUUAUGCUGGCCCAUUCAUCACCUAUCUUACAGAUAUCGAACCAUUCGCCGAGGUAAACGAGCAAAAUGAUGCUUUCUUAUAUUUGUGUGGCAUUCUUCAAAAGGUGGGCGAAUGUGUCAAUGAGAACAUGAUCGCACAACAUAUGUAUUAUGAUUUCUGGACAACUCUACAAAAGAAGAUAACUUGUCAAAAUUGUAAGAGAGAGACUUUGUCGACAGAAAGCGUUGUUACGAUCUCUGCAGCAACGAAAAAUUCAAUAGAAGAGUGCUUUGAUGAGUAUUGUGAAUCCGCCGAAUUACCUGGUUUCAAGUGCUCGUGCAAUAAGUUUACUUGCAACCAAGAAUUUACGAUAAAAGAAGAGCCAAAUACUCUUAUAGUACAAUUGAAAAGAUUCGGUUUCUCCAGCUCCACGAAGCAAGGAUACAAGAUUUCAAAACGUGUGGAAUUUGGAGAGGGUAAAAAUGUUCGUUAUAAUCUUAGCGCUGUCUUGGUUUCAAUCAAUUCCGUACUCGAGUGUAAGCCCUACGUCCUAUUUUAUACAAAAAUAACAUCUACAUUUCCCGCAUCUACACCAUCAUCAACGAUUAACAUUGACGAUAAACGUGAGGGUGACGAAAAGACUGAUCUUUGCAAGUCUAACGAGAAGACUAAAACUAAAUCAACAUCGUCAACAUCUAAAAUUAACGAUAAACAUGAAAAGACAACCCAUUACGAUCCUAACGAGAUGACUAAAACAAACUCAUUGUCAUCAACAACUAAAAUUAACGAUAAACGUAAUAAAUACAAAAAGACAACGGUUUAUGAUUCUAACGAGAAGAUUAAAACCAAAUCAACAUCUUCAACAUCUAAAAUUAACGAUAAACGUAAUAAAUAUGGAAAGACAACGGUUUAUGAUUCUAGCGAAAAGACUAAAACCAAAUCAACAUCGUCAACGACUAAAAUUAACGAUAAACGUAAUAAAUAUGAAAAGACAACGGUUUAUGAUUCUAACGAGAAGAAUAAACUCAAAUCGACAUCAUCAACGCCUAAACUUAACAAUAAACGUGAUUUUAACGAGAUGAUUAAAGAAAAAUCAUCAUCACCAACGACUAAAAUUAACGAUAAACGUAUUAAAUAUGAAAAGACAACCGUUUACGAGUCUAACGAUAAGAUUAAAACUAAAUCACCACCGUCAACGUCUAAAAUCAACGAUAAACGUGAAAAGACAAUCAUUUACGAUUCUAACGAGAUGACUAAAACUAAAUCACCAUUAUCGACAUCUAAAAAUAACAAUAAACGUUAUAGAGAUGAAAAACCAAAUUUUUACGAGUCCAACAAAAGGACUAAAACAAAAUCACCACCAUAG